AAACUUGAACAAGAUCAAAGUGUUUACUGACAGACCUCGAUAUGUUCUCUUGUUAGGAGACAAUCAUUGUUAUUCAUCUAUUGUCAUGUUUUGGUUCAUGUGGAUGACACUCUAUUAGGCCACGCCCCACAGACACCCUGACUGCUGCUGGGCUGAUUGAGGUCUAAACUCGGAUCCACUUCCUCGUACGGCACAUUUGACAGAAUGCAUCCCAUCAUUCUUCUCUUUGUCAUUUCUCUGCUUCACGCAUAUGAAGCCCGAGGCUCCGACACUGUGACUCCUGUAUUUGUGCAGAAGGGGAAGGAUCUGCUUCUCAACGUCACGGCUCCUGUUAAAAUAGUUAAACGGAGUGAUUUUAGAUGGAGAUUUAAUGAUUCAAACAUAUUUAGAUUAUUUGAUGAUAACGACACAAACACAAUUGGCCCCUAUCAUGGAAGAAUCGAGAUUUUUCUCCAAAAUCACUCUUUGCUUUUGAAGAAUGUGCAACAAGCCGACAGUGGACGUUACACUGCAGGUGUUUUCGGGGUCAAUAACACUUAUGUGGGUAAAUACAGCGUCACAGUUCAAGAUCCAGUGUCUCCGGUUAAUGGGACAGUGGACUUACUCUCCAAUAGCUCCGACUCCUGUAACCUCACAGUGACCUGCAGCACACAGGACUCCCAUCACAUCAACAGCACUUUUAGAUGUGACACCAACACCUGCAGCCAGGAGGAGGGAGGAGAGAGGUCCAAGGUCACGACCUCUGGCGCCUCCCUCCGUGUCUACCUGUCCAAAGGCUUCUCAGUUAUCUGUAACCAUAGCAACCAGGUCAGCUCGGACGAGCACACAACAAUGAUUAGGGACUUUUGUUUCUCAAAUCCUGCCCCUGAACCAUGGCGCCGUAUCAUUAUCACCAUUGUCAUUAUCACCAUUGUACCUGUCAUUGUGGUUUUGGUGAUAAUUUACAUAGCAGCAGCUUUGGUUCGAUAUCGAAAAAAAGAAAAACAUGAAAGUGUGGUCAUGGAAAAUACACUGUACGAAAAUGCUCAGGUCAAAAGCGUGAACCCACUUGUGGAUCAGAAUCCAACCGAUGAUGCUGCAGCUCCUUCUCCGUCCUCCAUCUACAGCUUGGUCGAAGCAGGUCCAUGAAAUCCACUGAGGCCGGAGACACGACUCAGCCUGAGAGCCUGUAUGCUCAGGUGGACAAGUCGGCCCUUGCCUGAAGAAAAUCUGAAAUUGUCUUCCACAUUCUGCCUUUUGGACAAUUUCCAGUAUUAUUGUUGCCGUGAGUCAUGUUAUAUUUUCCCUGGGAAGUUUUUAUUUUUUUUUCAUCCAGAACCAGAACCAGGAGCAUCUGGAACAGCUCCGCCCACUUUAAAACUGUUAUUGUAAUAUAUUUCAUAUCUUAUUGAAAAAGAUACCUGAUGAGUGUUUGACAUUUUGGAUGAAUUCCGAAGUGAUUUUGCUGCUACAUUAUUUUUGAUGAAAAAAAAAGUUCUUACUUCACCCAAGUGUUAUGCUUCCUUUAAAAAAAAUACUAAUAUGAUGACGAGGAAGGUUUAACAGCCAACAACCAGGAAUGAUUCCAAACAGCAGACAUUUCCUGUCGGCUUUCUGUCUUGUUUGUAUAAAAACCUUCCUUUUACACUACUCAUGCACAACAGUGUUUAUUCAACUCCUAUAGAGUCAAAUACAAAACUUCCAAGUGUUUAUAUAGGUCCAACCUGUAGGGAGUUAAAACUACACUUUUGAAAGUGUUAAAGAAUUAACACAGACAGAGAUCCAGCAACUCUUUCUAUAGUUGAAAUUUAACACCGGUCAACACUGGCCAGUGUUAAAUUGAAGCAACACUAUUGUGCAGUGUCCAAAGUUAACACCACAAGUAUGAUUUUUUUUAACACUAGAGUUAAAGUCAUAUUAACACUAUUGAGGAUGUAAAAUGUAACUCAAUAUUUAACUCUUUAUAGAGUUGAUUCAUAUUUUAAAAACACUGUAGGGAGUCGAUUUAUAAUCCCCAAUCCCACUUACUGUGUGAUAUUAUUCCUUUAAAAACUAUAACUAUUGUAACUGACAGAUUGAUUUAUUUGUGUUGGGUUUAUUUUGUAAUUUAUGUUCAAGUAUGUAUCCUGUUAUUUAAAUUAGUAAUUUCUUGUCCUUUUAAACGUAGCGACUCACGCCAGGGGCUGUUACAACUAUAUACAAGAAAGAAAGAAAGAAUCAGCAAUUCAAAGAAGUUUGCAGUUAACAUGAAACUGUAUUUGUGUAAGCACACCACAUAACACAGCAUUGGCUUUACAUCUUUUCCCAUCAGUCCUCAAAAGCAAAGUUCACACAAUAUGGCAAUGUGGCAAUAUGUAUGUUUUUUCAUCCAUCUCAUUAGAAAACUGUUUGUCAUAGGGUCUGUAAUAGAUUAAAUCCUCCAAAGAAAUUACAGAAAAUGAAUCAGUUCUCUCCUCAACACAGUAUGCAUUAAAGUGGUCAUCAAAAUAAAGUGUGUCAACUUUGCAAGUCAAAAA